AUGACGGAGCACCACCGUCCCCAUAAAAAGAUCACGACGGAGCUUCCACCUGACAUCCUAUUCUGCAACAUAUUACCAAGACUGCCGGCUGAAUCUCUACACCGUUUCAGGUACGUUUCCAAUAAAUGGCACUCAAUCAUAAGUUCGCCUGAAUUUAUCAAUUCCCACCUCCACCACAUCACCAAAAACCACCGUCAAAACCACCACAAACUUCUCCUCUUAUCCACCACAACACCAUGCAACGUCCACACCAUCGAUUGUGAAUCACCUGAAAACGGUUUAAGUCCCCGUCGCCCUUUUCCAAUCAAAGUUAGCCCUGAAAACAUGACGAUUAUAACAUCUUGUAAUGGACUUGUUUGUGUAGGCAUAACCAAACGUAACUACGAUGAUAACUACUCUGAUCUAAUAUUAUGGAAUCCUCUAACUGGUGACUACAAGAAGUUGUCUAAAUCCCAUUCUCGUAAAGAAUGCUACUACGGGUUGUAUUACAGUGAUUCAUACGAUGACUACAGACUUUUAUGUGUAACCCUCCAUCACCGUGCUUAUAUAUACUCGUUGAAAUCAGAUUCAUGGAGAAAGCUUGAUUCUUACACUAGCCACUUGAAACGUAUAACUUGUCUGAUUUCAGAAAGUUGGGGGGAAUGUAUUGUACAUAAUGAUAAAGUGUAUUUUUUAAAACAAGGAAAGAGAAGAACUAUGGGUCAUCUGUCUAAUUCGAUUAUAAGGUUUGACACGAAGACAGAGAAGUUCAGAAAGAUAGUAAUUCCAUGUUUUGGAGUUGGAAGAAGAGAUUGUUUGAAUUUCACGCUUCUACAUAAUGAUAGAGAUAUUUAUUUGUGUGUGAUAUAUAAAGAAAAUUCUGUAGAGGUGAGUGCCAAGUUGUGGAGAAUGGAUGGAGAUGGAGAUUGGACAGAGAUUAUAAGCUAUCCGAUUUUGCCGAGUUUGUAUUGCUUUCAGAAGCCUGUGCAUUUGAUGAGGAAUGGGAAUUGGAUAACAUAUUGUUUGCAUUCUGGGUGUCAUGUCUACAAACUGGAUCCGGAGAGACGUAUUAAUGAGAUGUCAUACUCAAAUUAUGAUGAUGAGUUUGAUAUUCCUCCAACAGGGAAAUAUAUUGAGACUUUGGUGUCACCGAAUUGGUAG